AUGUCCGCCGUGGCCGAACUGGAAGCUGGCCUUACGGCCAUGCUCCAAUUCAAACCCCCCGGUGUAUCCACGUCGAGGAUUAAGAGCCUGACUGAUCUUUGUCAGAAGAAUAUCAAGGAUGAAUCCCUUAUUGUCCAAAAAUUCUAUACGCAUUUCAAGAAAGCUCCGGGCACCCACAAAUUGGGCGUCCUCUACCUGAUCGACUCGGUCGUAAGGAAAUGGGUCGAGCAGGCUAAGCAAAAUAACCAAGAAAUUUCUAGCACUGCCCAAGAUGGCACGUUCGCUGCCGGUGUAUUCAGAGUAACAGAAAUCGUUCCGGCCUUGAUGGAUAACAUUAUCCAGUCUGCCCCAGCCGAUCAGAAGGAUAGGAUAAAGAAACUGGUCGAUAUCUGGGAACGAGCACAGACGUUCCCUCCCGGCUACAUCGCCAAGUUCCGACGACAAUUGGCUGAUGGUGGAGCAACCGUAUCCACUACUCCCCCCGGCAGCCCUCCUCCUGGUCUGCCUGGCUCGGCGCCUGUACCAACCCAACGACCUGGGGCGCAGCCAACUGCUGCCCCGGUUCCCGCUGCUCAGCCUGCUCCUAGUGGCGCCAACAUCAUGGAGGUGCUGGCCAACAUUGCCAAGCAGAGCGCAGUGAACCCUCCCAAGCCAACCGGAACCCCCCCAGUCGCACCCAGCACGUCCACACCCCCCGCUCAAGUUGGCGCGUACGGUCUGCCUCCCACCACGACUCCCACCGUUGUGGGUUACCCCCAAGUUCAACAGCCCUUGGCCGCCGCUCCGGCCGUUCCCACGACCAUGCCCGGCUUCCCCGCCCAAUAUCUUGCUGGGCUCACCUCCGCCCAGAACCUUGGUAUUCCAGCUCUUGGAGCGCCCGCGGCGUACCCUGCCGCUGCUAUACCCCCGGCCCCCGCCCCAGCUCCUCCGGCUCCCGCAGCUCCUGCUGGUGCCGCCCUUAGCGUUGACCAAGUCAUGCUGAUCAACACCCUUAUCAACCAAGGCCUUAAGCCCGAGCAGAUCUCUGCCAUUCUGGCAGCUAUGUCGGGUACCAGCACUGCACCUGCGGCGCCGGCCAUGCCUGCUUUCGCUCAGCCACAGAACGGCGGAUGGGGACCUAGCGGCCACGGCGGCCAUGAUCAUGCUCCUGCCGGUGACCGGAGAGGAUACAGGAGCCGCUCGCGCUCAAAGUCACCCGACCGCUGGGGCGGUGGACGUGAUUCGCGUGGUGGUUAUGAUAGGCAUAACCGCCGCUCUAGCAGCCGAGAGCGGGGUGGUAGGGACCGAGGAGACUACCGUCAUCGUAGCCCCAUGGGACGCCGCGAACGUAGUCCCGGUGAUCGCCCCCAUGAGAAGCCCCAAAAGUGGGUUGAGAUGGACCACAAUCUGAGACCUGGCCACAUCAAAGUCCUGAGCCGAACCCUUUUCGUUGGCGGUGUUACUUGCUCCCAAGCCGAGCUUCACGACCUUUUCAGCCGAGUUGGCCAUGUCCAAUCCGUUAUUAUUAAUAAAGAGAAGCGACAUGCUUUCGUCAAGAUGCUAACUCGCGAAUAUGCGAUCGAGGCCAAGAAUAGUAUGGGUGAAUAUAAGUCAGGAGGUUUGGCUCUUCGUACUCGCUGGGGUGUCGGUUUCGGACCUCGAGAUUGCUGUGACUACGAAACGGGUAUUAGCGUCAUCCCCAUCGCACGACUGACCGAAGCCGAUCGAAAGUGGCUUCUCACUGCCGAAUACGGAGGAACCGGCGGCGCGCCCAUUGAGACUGGGAUCUGCGUCGAGGAGCCCGACAUUGAAAUCGGAGCCGGCGUUUCCUCCAAGGCGAUAAGCCGUCGUGUCCAGACCGACAAGGGUGGCGCGCAUGGCCCCAAGUCCACCCGACCUCGCGAUGAGGAGUUCCACGGGCCCCCCGGCCGAGGCGAUCGACCCCGACACCGUGAUGUACGCCGUGAUGACGAUGGCCCUUCGAACCGCGACGGUCAAUACCAAAACCCGUUGAACCCGAAUCUUAUCCCCCCCGGAUAUGCCUACGGCAUGCAGUCGAUGCCCACGUACCCAGGAUAUCCAUAUUCGCAGGACUCUAAGCCUAAUGGCUCUUAA